AUGCUCGGUUUCCAUUGGCGGGACUGCGCAUACGUGGACCUUUGCCUUCCUAUGGGCUGUGCCAGCUCUUCCCAAAUCUUCCAGUCCGUCAGUGAUGCGCUCGUCUGGAUCGCGCAGAACAAAUUCGGGGCGGGUCCCAUUGUUUCUGUUUUGGACGACUUCCUCUUCAUCGGCGAGUCGCGCGCAGCGUGUCAGCGCUCGCUCGGCGGCUUUCAGGCCAUGUGCCGUGACUUGGCGAUCCCGCUGCGUCGCGACAAGACCGUGGCGCCGUGCCGGUCCCUCACCUUCCUCGGGGUGGUAUUGGACCUUGAGCGCGGCGAGCUGCGGCUGCCAGCUGACAAGCUGGCACGUGCCAGGGCAGGCCUCACGAGCCUGCUGGCCCGCCGGAAAGCGCCCCUCCGCAUGGUCCGUGAAUGCACGGGGCUCCUCAGCUUUGCGUGCACCGCAGUGCCACUCGGUCGCCCGUUCCUACGGCGCAUGUUCGACUUGUGUCGCGGCGUGUCGCGCCCUCACCACCGCGUCACGAUCACCCGGGCGGCCAGACAGGAUAUGCGCGCCUGGCUGCUGUUUCUAGACCGUUUCCCAGGCCGCGCGAUUCUCGCUCACCGGCGCUGGUUGUUGGAGCCGGGUCUUAUCCUGGAGACGGACGCCUCCAGCUCGGUCGGGCUCGGUGCCAUCUGCGGCGAGGACUGGCUCCUGGGGCCGUGGCCCGCGUCCCUCCGCGAGGCCCCUAUCAGCGUUUUGGAACUAGUGGCUGGCGUCCUUGUGCGCUCAGAUAACUCCGCUGUGGUGGCCUGUAUAACCUCUCAGUCAUCUCGCUCGCCUGCCCUAAUGCCAUGGCUCCGAUUCCUUUUUCUCACCACCGUCUCUCAUAACAUUCUCGUGCGUGCCGUGCACACACCCGGCAUCGCCAAUGCAGCAGCUGACGCCCUGUCCCGCGGUCUUGUGCAGGUCUUCAAGGAGCUCCGCCCGUCCGCAGCAGCCACGCCGACGUCCUGGGACUGGCCGGCCUGCGGCACGCUCUCACCGUUCACCAGCUAG